ACACCCCGGUUCUUUACUGGGUGCAAAAAGAAAAGCUUCCUGUUCUUUCCAAUGGCGAAGGUUCCUCUGCUCUCUCUGUUUUUCCUUCUCUCCAUUUCGCUUGCUUCCGCCGCAGAAGAGAAUGUUUUGUCAUUAAAUGCAGACCCCCCUCUGGUAAAUGGACUGUCAUGGACGUUUUACAACAGCACCUGCGCCAAACUGGAAUCCAUUGUCAAGAAACGGAUCAAGUUUUAUUUAAAGCGGGAUAUUACACAGGCUGCUGGGUUAUUACGUCUUCACUUUCAUGACUGUUUUGUUCAGGGCUGUGACGCUUCUGUUCUGCUGGAUGGAUCAGCCAGCGGGCCGAAUGAGAAGAACGCUACUCCAAAUUUAACGCUCCGGGCGAAAGCAUUUGAAAUAAUAAACGACAUUAAAAAGCGUGUGGACAAGGCCUGCGGUGUCAUCGUGUCCUGUGCAGAUAUUAUUGCUCUGGCAGCUCGCGAUUCCAUUGCAGGGACUGGAGGGCCAGAGUACAAAGUGCCACUAGGGCGAAGGGACAGCCGAACGUUUGCCACCAUAAAUAAAACAAAUAAAAACAUUCCAAAACCACAAUUCAAUGCUUCGACUCUGAUUGCUGCUUUUGCCAAAAAAGGCCUUAACAUCAGUGAUCUUGUGGCUCUUUCAGGUGGCCACACUAUAGGAAUGGGACAUUGCACAUCAUUUGAAGGACGACUAUACCCUACACAAGACAAGACUCUCGACAAGAGCUUCGCUGAAAAAUUGAUAGUCACAUGCCCAAGCACAAACUACACCAACACCACUGUAUUAGACAUCCGCUCACCCAAUGUAUUCGAUAACAAGUAUUACGUGGACCUCCUGAAUCGACAAGGCCUCUUCACAUCUGAUCAAGAUCUUUACACAAACUCACGCACCAAACAAAUUGUUAUAGACUUUGCCCUCGAUCAAGAGCUCUUCUUUCAAGAAUUUGCUCUAGCCAUGACAAAAAUGGGCCAGCUAAGCGUAAUCACGGGCAAUAAUGGGGAGGUCAGAAGCAAUUGUUCCGCUCUCAAUCCAACUUCUUCUAUCACCGUUUUGGUGGAAGAUGUUAUCAAUUCUGCAGCUUCUAUUUGAAAUUUGCGUUUAACCAAGCAACGUUUUACAUUUUUUCUCUUUUUAAAGGUUGAGAAGUUGUAGAUAAGUUGUUAAAUUGAGUUUUGUGGAAGAAAUGUCGCUUUAAUAAAGUCAUUUUAUGUA